AUGCCGAAAACCAAAUACACAGCAGAUGAGCUAAGGCGUCGUCAUUUAGCAACACGGAUCACUGCCAGAGAUAGGGCGUAUGAAUUUCCCAAUGAUUUUUAUGAGAGCGGGGGAGUGUUGUACUGCAAAGUUUGCAAGCACUCGGUGGAUUAUUUGAGGAAACAAACCAUUUUGGAGCAUCUGAAGUCCCAAAGACACUACAACAGAAAGAAGAGUGGUUUGGAGUCGGCGUGUCACUCUCCACCUAAGAAGAAGAAGAAGAAGGAGGGGAGGGAGGACCAGAUGCCCUUGGAGAGUGCUCUGUCUGCAGAGAUCAGGGAGCUGUUCGCUGACUUGGACAGGAACUUAAACGAGCGAGAGCGGCUUCGCUUGCUGGAGCAGCGCGAGUAUGAGGAGCGGGUACGGAGAGAGGCGCAGCUGGAGAGGGCGCAGGAGAUGGCCGUUCUUCAGGACGUGACUUCUCUACUCCAACAGAUGGUCCAGCGGAUGCCUGCCAUGCAGCCUCAACACCCUCACUCGGCACUCAUGGAAGCCAACGGACAACCUACCACAUCCUCAGAGCUUUUCAGUUGUCAUUUUCAGAGGGCAAAGGAAAAUGAUCCAGGGCUCUCUCCAAAAUCAAAUCCAACUCCAUGCUGUGAGCAAGAGAUGCCCGAAGGCAGUCACUUAAAAAUUGAAGAGGUUGUAUUUAAAAAGGAGGAAGAGGAAGAAGUUCCAUGUUCAGCUGAGGAUGCUGAGGUUUGUCCAGUGGAGAGUGUUAACUUUCACAAUGGCGUUAAUUGUCAAAAUGACACAGAAUGUAUGUUUGUUUGUGCGGAAAAGGUCGCACUUGAAAUUGAGCUCGAGAGAACCAAGGCAGAGUUGAGGGCUUUGAAGGAGAAGGAGGCGCACUGGAGUCACAGGUACUCUGCCGCUCAGCUCAGUGAGGAAGUCAUCCGCAUGGAGACGGGCCUUCCGGAUCGUGGCACUUUAAACACAAUUGCUGGACGCGUGUUGCACCGCAAGGACUCAGUUUGCUACUCAGCUGGCUGGAAAGUGGAAUGCAUCACUGUCGAGGACCAGGUCUUCUUGACUCUAAUGAAACUGAGGCAUAAUUACACCGACCUUCACCUCGCUGCGCUGUUCAAUUGCAGCGUAGCCGUCAUCCAAAAUGUGACCGCUACCUUCACCGGCAUUCUCCGUCAGCUGCCUUUCAAAGACAUAAUGGCAGUAUCACCCAUCUUGACUGAAAUGAACAUUCAGACUGACACUUAAUACACCAAAGUGUUAUAAUUGAAUGAACAAGCAUUUCUGUAUAAUUUAGGACUUUAGUUUCUCUAUAGAAGUCAUAUAAAGCAGUUACAUCUCUUAGUUUGUAUUAAUAGAAAAAAACUGAGAAAAAUCAGUUGUGGGUGCCAUGUUUUCUCAAGUCAUUGUUAAAUCUUUAACUUUUUCUGUUAAUUAGAUUUAAUAACUUGUACUUGUGACAUGUUUGGCAGUGCCUCUUAUCUGAUAGUGCAGUAAAACCAUAUGCAGAUAAAAGUUAGGCCACAAGAAAUGUAAUUUUUGGUUAGUGUACUUUCUGCAAUAUCUUAUCUUGCCAGUAGGUGGCACUCAAGAAUAAUAAUAAAAUAAAACCUGUCAGGGCG